GUAACAAAACGUCCGCGUCGCGUAGCGAAGUUCGCGCUCCUCGAAAUUAGAUUAAAAUGUAAACGCGAAGAUAAAGACUUAAAUUACGAAAAUCAAAAUAAUUACGCUGUGCUUUUUGUCUUUAUAAUUUGUGCGAUUGGCCGACGAGGCGUUUCAGAUAAUAAUAGAAUCGUGCACGCUAGCUUUAUAAGUAGAAUACCUCGCUAUUUUUUCACAAAUCAAAUCGCCUUUUGUACAAAGUUGUACGCUCAAUAAUAGAUGAACAGCUCAAGUUUGACGGAAAAAUGUCGAAAACGAUUAACGCGUACAGAAUUAAAAAAAUAGAGACACUUGGAAAAAUGACCGCCAUGACUCAAGAAGAGAUAGUCUCCGCCGUUCGGACGGUGGCCCAAGGCUUGGAGGCGCUGCGUUCCGAGCACGCCGGCAUCCUGCACGGUCUUCACGAUGCACCUGAUCCAAUUGCGUCAGAACGAGCGGGACUUGUUCAGCAAAGUGCCGAUAUGAUCGAGCUCGGGCUGGGAGAAGCGCAGGUGAUAAUGGCACUCGCCUCCCAUUUACAAAUGGUCGAGGCCGAAAAACAAAAACUACGCACGCAAGUUCGCCGUUUGUGCCAGGAGAACGCGUGGCUGCGCGAUGAGCUAGCUUCCACCCAGCAACGUUUGCAGGCAAGUGAGCAAGCUGUAGCUCAGCUGGAGGAGGAGAAGAGGCACCUAGACUUUAUGGCAUCGGUCAGUCGUUACGAUCAAGACGUGAACGAGGACAACGCCUCCGAGCAAUCGCGCACUGAAAAACCCGAUCCCGUCGUCGAUCUAUUUCCCGACGACGAUAAUGAUGACAGAAAUAACAUGUCUCCAACUCCGCCGAGUCAACUUGCUCAACAGGUGAAUGCGGGUUACGAAAUUCCUGCACGUCUACGCACUUUACACAAUCUGGUUAUACAGUACGCCUCCCAAGGACGUUACGAAGUCGCCGUGCCACUUUGCAAGCAAGCCUUAGAAGACUUGGAAAAGACCAGCGGACACGAUCAUCCCGACGUCGCCACCAUGUUAAAUAUUUUGGCGCUCGUCUACAGGGAUCAAAACAAAUACAAGGAGGCGGCCAAUUUACUCAACGACGCGUUGGCGAUUCGCGAAAAGACCUUGGGCGAGAAUCAUCCGGCCGUCGCCGCCACACUUAACAACUUGGCUGUUUUGUACGGUAAACGCGGAAAAUAUAAAGAGGCGGAGCCGUUGUGCAAACGUGCCCUUGAGAUUAGAGAGAAGGUUUUGGGCCGUGAGCAUCCGGAUGUCGCCAAACAACUUAAUAAUCUUGCCCUUCUUUGCCAAAAUCAGGGAAAGUACGAGGAAGUCGAGCGAUACUACCAGCGCGCCUUGGAAAUUUACGAACAGAGACUUGGACCGGAUGAUCCGAACGUCGCGAAGACGAAAAACAACCUGGCGUCCUGCUACCUGAAGCAGGGCAAGUACCGGGAGGCCGAAGUUCUCUACAAGCAAAUUUUAAAUAGGGCGCACGAAAGGGAAUUCGGAACAAUUGACGGUGACAACAAACCUAUUUGGCAAGUGGCCGAGGAACGCGAAGAGAACAAGGCACGCAAUCGAGAAAACGCACCUUACGGCGAGUACGGCGGUUGGCACAAGGCCGCAAAGGUCGAUUCGCCGACUGUCACGACCACGCUGAAAAAUCUAGGCGCCUUGUAUCGUCGUCAGGGCAAGUACGAGGCCGCCGAAACUUUGGAGGAUUGCGCUUUAAGAAGUCGAAAGGAGCACGUUCAACAAGCUUUAGACAUUGUGAAACAAGCCAAAGUUGCAAGUAUACUUGGCGAUGGUUCGGGUGAUCGUCGUAGGCCCACGAGUAAUAAAGAAAAAUCGCGCAGAGGCUCACGCGAAUCUCUUGACAUGACAUACGAUGCAGACGAGCCGAGCAAUGCACGAACCCCGGACACCGAAAAAGCCGGACUCAAAACCAAAUUGUUCAAUGCGUUAGGCAUUAACUCGCCUAUGAACAAGCCUAGCUCAUAGUUGCCCUUUACAGAUUUUAUAAUAAUAAUUAAUAGAUAAUUGUGUGCGGUUAAUUUUCAUUAAUUCAGUACUGUUAAAAAAUACUGCCUACUAAAAAUGCUUGAAAUUGUACUUAAGCGGGUAAUUGUUUUUAUAUUUUAUAUUAAUUGGUCUUCCAACGAAUUCUUUAACACUACUGAAUAUAUCUUAUGUAAUUUUAUUUGCAUUUUUUACAUUCCAUUAUGUAAUCUUUUCAUUUCCUUAUUGUGCAUUAUAGUAUUUUUGUAGCUUGCACUUGUUAGGCAUCCAAUUUGUGAUUAAAGGGAUUUUUCGAGAAAAUUAUACAUUUCUUUUUCAAACUUAGUAAUAACUAAUACUACUGUAGAUGAGCGUAUUACUCAACAUUAACAAAUUGUUGAUGCACCAUUUUAUUUUUAUGCAAUUCAUGGCGGACUUCUGUAAUAGCUGGGGGAAUAAUUUUUGAUAUGUUACUAUGCUCUAUUUUUCGCCAUGGCUAAAUAUGCCACUACAGUAUGAUCACCAUCACCUUACAAUAACCUAAGCUGACUAAAACAUCUAGAAUAUGAAUCAUUUAAAAAUCAGUAUUAGUUAUGGUUUUCGUUUUACACACAGAAAAAUAUUAGAAAAUUCCUAGAAUUAUAUUGUGUAUGAUUAUUAAAAAUUAUAUGAAACUACGCUAUCGCCUAAUUUUAUCGAACAAAACUUGAAUGUCGAAAUACUCCCAAUUUGAUUAAUCUGUAACGGUUGUGAUUAGUGAUUAAGAUUGAUAACAUUUUUCUUGCAAAUGCGCGGAAUUGGUAAAUUGGGAUGUUUCGACCUUUUAUUUGUUUCUCUACUUAUAAGCUGCCGAAUCUCUCGCAAAGUAUAUUUGUCAAUUAAAACAGAAGUGGCUGUUUCGAUUACUUCGUACAUCGAAAUUGUAUCUUAAUCGACAUACUUUAAUAAUUGUAAGCAAUGUAGUUGUUAGAUUGACAAGAGAAAAGGGAUCCUAGUUAGUCAAGGGUGUGAUGUAUUAUUUAUUAAAAAUUAUUAACGUAACAAUUCUAACGAUAUAAUGAAAAUGAUUUACUUCAUGUUACUUUUACAUGAGUUUAUUCUUUGUUAAUUAUUAUUUGUAAUAAAUAUAUCUUUAUUCGAAA